UGGAGAUUAAAAGGGCGUAGGCAUUCUUUUCUUAUAAGUAGUAUAGUCAUACAUUGAUUCGGGGGCUCCGACACGAAUCUAGGUGCCUCAUGGAGCCCUCCCGAAUUUCACCCGCAAAUUCCUCCUCUCUCUUCCCUCUCACAUCAAAUCCAAACCCUAACACGUCCUCAACUUCCAAUACUAAUCCCCAAUGGCUAUCCAACCCUAGCUACACCCUCGAGCUCUCCUCUCUCCCCUCCGCUUCCGCCGCGGUGCCGCCCCUGUACUAUUCCUCCGACGACGAGCCAUUCACUCGUCCGGAUCCGCCGUCCUACGACCUGGUGGGGUCCGCACCGUCGGAUUCGGACUCCGACGGCGAUCGGCGGAGCUUGAAGCGGAAGGAGAAGAAGAGGAGGAAGAAGAAGCGGAGAAGGGAGAGUGAGAAGGAGGGUUCAGAGCGAGAAGCUUUUAGAAAGCCCGGGGUUCUAGAUUGGGCGGGGUCCGAGACCAAGCUAGCCAAGGGCUAUCACUUUGAUGUUCAUGGGGAUCAGGAUAAUUUGGUCUACGGCAGUCUUUACAGAAUGGAUGUCCCGCGAUACAGACUACACAGUCAGUCAGACAUGCCUGUAAUUAACUUUCAACUUUUUCGUCGGAGACCUUCAAAUUUGAGCAUGGACAUAGACGGAGAUGUUGAUAUUAUUGACAGCAAACUGAAAACAGCUGGCCGCUACUGUUCAGUAAACUAUUCGACACUGGAAAGACACAAGGGUCUGAAACAUGUGAAAAUUGUCAACAAGAUGUCUUCACUUGUCCCUGGAGAAUAUAUCCCUCUGAUUGAGUUGCAUUCUCCCCCCGAGAACGGGAGUAACUUGUCAUCAACAAAAGGGGAUAUUGAGGAAUCAUGGGAAGAUGAAGUGUUUCGAAGGACGAGAGAGUUAAACAAAAUGUCGAGAGAUUUUCCGCAUGAUGAAAAGGUUUGGCUAGCUUUUGCUGAGUUUCAGGAUAAACUCGCAAGUACUCAACUACAGAAAGCAGCACGGCUGCAAACACUUGAAAAGAAGAUAAGUAUACUGGAGAAGGCUGUUGAUAUAAAUCCAGAUAGUGAAGAAUUGUUACUUUGUCUUAUGAAGUCUUAUCGAGAAAGGGAUAGCAGAGAUGUACUCAUGGAACGAUGGAAGAAAGUACUCAUGCUUCAUUCUGAUAAUGUUACUUUGUGGAAGGAGUUCUUGAUAAUUUGCCAGGGGGAGUUUUCACAAUUUAAAGUUUCUGAUAUAAGAAGAACAUAUGCUCAUGCUAUCCAGGCUCUCUCUUCGGCCUGUGACAAGCUUUGUAGGCAGGGUUGGUCAAAGGAUCCUUCUCUAGUUCAACUAGAACUUGGGCUGGUAGAUAUGUUCAUCAACCUUUGCAGAUUUGAGUGGCAAACUGGUUACCAAGAGUUAGCUACUGGGUUAUUCCAGGCAGAAAUUGAGUACAGCUUAUUUUGUCCAUCUAUGCUUCUUAGUGCAGAGAGUAAGCGAAGGCUCUUUGAGCACUUCUGGAGUCAUGGUGGUGCUAGACUUGGAGAGGAUGGAGCACUUGGGUGGUCAAUAUGGCUGACAAAUGAGCAGCAGCAGAAAACUCUUUCUGGUGAAUUCCCACAUGAAACUGAGAUAGGGGGCUGGACUGGUUGGUCAGAUCCUCCUUCGAAGAAGAUUGCUUUUGCAGGAAGACCAGAACAAUCAGAAGAACAUGCUAUGGACAAUGAAAACACUGAUGAGAAACUUGACGAUGAAGAUGUUCCUUUGAAUGACGAUGUUGAAUCAUUACUAAAGAGGCUUGGAGUAAAUGUAGAUGCUGAACCACAUAACGAGAUUAAAGAUGCGAAAACUUGGAAUAGGUGGGCAGAGGAGGAACUAUCUCGGGAUGCUGAUCAAUGGAUGCCUGUCCACAACCAUUCUGGAAAUCAUGGAAAUUUCUCACCAGCUUAUGCCAAGGAGAAUCAGGAUAUUGAGGACAAUGAACAACUUUCAAGGGUCAUCUUGUUUGAGGAAGUAAAUGAUUAUUUGUUUUCCUUGCACUCAGAGGAGGCCCGAUUCUCUUUAGUGUCUCAAUUCAUUGAUUUUUAUGGUGGCAAGAUUAAUCGAUGGACAUGUACUAACAAUUCAAGUUGGAUUGAGAAGCUUCUUAGCCUUGAGACCAUCCCGAAUAGCAUAUCAGAAGAUCUGAGAGUUGUAUUUGAAGUGGUAAAUAGGGCACAAAGUUCUCCUAUCAAUCCCAAUCUGGAACUCCUCCUGGGCAGUACACACAAGUUGUUAAAUAAUAAUAUGAUGAAGUUCCUUCGGAAUGCAAUCUUGCUUCUUCUUAAUGUCUUUCCUCGAAAUCAUAUUUUACAAGAAUCUCUGCUGGCUAUUGAAGAUCUUUUUAUGAACAAAAUAAAGUCUUCUACUUGUGCAGUUAACCCAUCACGUUGUCUAGCCAAAAACUUGUUAAAAAAUGAUCGUCAGGAUUUGCUACUUUGCGGAGUAUAUGCACGAAAUGAGGCCAAUUAUGGAAAUAUUGAUAUUGCGAGAAAGAUUUAUGACAUGGCAAUAUCUUCCACUGAUGGACUUCCUCCAGAUCUGAUGGAAUACGUUCCUCUUCUUUACUUCUGGUAUGCUGAAAUGGAGAUGGAAAUUUGUAGGUCUGCUAGCAACUCUGAUUCGCCGCAGCGUGCAGUUCACAUAUUAUGCUGCUUAGGUGGUAAUAUAAAAUACACUCCUUUCAAGUCUCGACCAUCAGGUUUGCAAAUUCUAAGAGCGCGGCAAGGAUUCAAAGAACAAAUUAAAGUCUUGCAAUCUGCAUGGGCUCUUGGUGAUAUAAAAGAAUAUUCUGUUGUCUUGAUUUGCGCUGCUUCUUUGUUUGAGGCCUUAGUUACUGGUUUGGCUUCUGGUAUUGAAGUUAUAGAAGAAGCUUUUUCCAUGACACUUCCAGAAAGAAGAACUUGGAGUUUGCAACUUGAGACUUUGUGGAUCUAUUACAUUGGAAUACUUCAGAAACAUCUUAAGGAACUAAGUUUCACAAAAGUGUGGGAGAGCAUCGCAAAAGGGUUGCGAUUAUAUCCGUACAAUCCGAAGAGCUUUACCUCUGUGGUUGAAGUAAGCUCUCUUUAUAUUGUCCCUCACAAAGUGCGAAUGCUACUAGAUGAGUGCUUCCAAAGAAAACCGUCUCUGGUCUUGUGCCUUUUUGCCUUGCUGUUUGAAUUGAGUAAAAAUGGAUCUUCACAUAGAAUACGCGGAUUAUUUGAGAAAGCAUUAGCAAACGAUCAACUCCAAAAGUCGGUACUACUAUGGCGCUUCUAUCUUGCUUAUGAGGCAGACCUAGCACAUAAUCCCUCUGCAACAAGAAGAAUUUUCUUUCGAGCCGUUCAUGCCUGCCCAUGGUAAGCUCCUGACAAUUUUAACAUAGAUUUUGAUUUAACAUGUGAUUUCAUAAGAUUCGUGUGUGCAUUUUUGUUCUCGUGACUGUCUCUCAGUAAA